AUGGAGCGCCGAAUUGCCGCCCACCGCGCCCAGAGACCCGCGGACUGGGACACUCUGGAGGAACCAGUCGACCUAAUUGGCGCCCUUCCGGCUGCAUUGGCCGGAUACGAUACUUGUCUGCUGGACUGUUUGACGCUCUGGGUCAGCAACCUGUUGCUAAGCAAUGAAGGCAGCCUUGACGUGCAACGGGAUAUUCUGGCUACUUCCGAUGAAUUGAUUGAUGUAUACGAACAUUCGUCGUCCACAUGGAUCAUCGUCAGCAACGAGGUGGGCCUGGGGGUGGUGCCGACCUCGUCGCUGGGAGCGGCGUACAGGGAUGCUCUGGGACGGGUGAACCAGGUCAUCGCGGCGCGGGCCGACAAAGUUUACUUUAUGGUUGCCGGACUGGCGCUCGAUCUGAAGAACCUGGGCGCAGUCCCACACACCAGCGCCGAACUGCGCCUUACCUGA